AUGUUUACAUCACUACAGAUUGAUCAUAAUGCUGCACUUCCCACAAUGAAACCAGAAACAAUUAUCAACUUUGUAAAUUCACCAAUUAUAUGGGACAAUACUAAUCCAAGGAAAAGACAAGCUGACCAUAGUCUUGUGAAAAUGAUCUUUUUGCGAGUUUUGAUUCGUUACAGCUGGAAGCGAGGUCUUUCAACCAGAAAAGCUGCAGAAGAGAUUUGUGCUGCUGAAGGUGAAGGAACAAUUGCAUAUGCUGCGAUCUCAAAGUGGUAUAAGCGUUUCGAUUCUGGCGACAUGAGUCUUGAAGAUAAGCCUCAUUCAGGAUGGCCAUUAAAGUUGGAUGAUGGUGACUUGCAAACUGGGUUGGACAUUGUGCCUUCAUCGAGCACUCGAGAAUUGGCUGAUGAGCUUGGAGUUGGCAAAUCGACAAUUCACCGACACUUGAAGCAAUUUGAUUUUGUUCACAAAAAACUGCGCCAAGAUCCGCACAAACUCACUGAAGCACAGUAG